AUGGCGGUGUGGGGGUCGGAGUUGCUCUCUGAGCUCUGGGCUCAGGUCCUGUCUCUGGGUUCGGAGUUCGGUGACGAAUGGGACAGGAAUGACCUGAGAGCCGCCAUCUUCCGCCUGCUGCUGGCCUGGCUGAUCCUCAGUGUCACCGCCAUCCACCUGGCCUGGAGAGGCUACGGACCCACCGUGACCGCCUUCUACUACCGGCAGGGUCCAGGGGGACAGAAUGGCGGUACUCCGGAAUACCCCUCCCACGUCAAUAUCUGGGAAAGCUCCAGCACGGAAUCCCUGAAGAGCCACCAGGAGUGA